AACAAGUUUAAGGAGUAAAGAAGAUGAAAAGGGUAAGAAAAGAAAAGAGGUGGGAAUAGCCACCAUUUUCAAUUUCCGCCAAGAUUCUCUGCUCUCUCUCCCUCUCUCUCUCUCACACACACUUCACCAAAUACCUCUUUCCACCAGUUUUGAGUGUUGACUACUGAGAGGUGGGAAUAAUUUUGAAGAAUGGAGGCAGUAGUAGUGGACGCUGGUUCUAAAUUACUCAAAGCUGGUUUUGCUGUUCCCGAUCAAUCUCCUUCUAUGGUAAUACCGACCCAAAUGAAACGCAUUCCUGAAGAUGAUGAAGGUUCCUUGGUUGAGGAGGAGGAUGAUAUCACUGUGGAUCCCAUUGAGAGAGGUUUUAUUAAAGAUUGGGAUGCUAUGGAAGACCUGUUGCACCAUGUUCUUUAUACUGGUCUUGGUUGGGAAAUCGGAAAUGAAGGCCAAAUUUUGUUCACUGACCCACUUUGCACUCCCAAGGCUGUUCGGGAACAAUUGGUGCAAUUGAUGUUUGAAACGUUUAACAUCUCGGGGUUUUAUGCCUCUGAGCAGGCAGUAUUGUCGCUUUAUGCUGUUGGACGCAUAUCUGGCUGCACCGUUGAUGUUGGUCAUGGGAAAAUUGAUAUUGCACCUGUCAUCGAGGGUGCUGUUCAGCACAUAGCAUCAAGAAGGUUGGAAAUCGGGGGUUUGGAUUUGACAAAGCUACUAGCGGAUGAGCUUAGUAAAUCAAAUCCAACAGUGAAACUCAAUAUUUCUGAUGUUGAAAAAUUGAAAGAGCGCUAUGCAUGCUGUGCUGAUGAUGAUAUUGCGUAUGAGAAGCUUCAACAAUCAUGCUUGGAAGAGAAACAUACUCUGCCAGAUGGACAGGUAAUCACAAUUGGAAAAGAAAGAUACACAGUUGGAGAGGCAUUGUUUCAACCAUCUAUAUUGGAUAACGAUACUCAUGGAAUAGUCGAGCAGCUUGUUCAUAGUAUUUCGUCUGUGUCAUCUGAAAAUCACCGCCAGCUGCUAGAGAACACAGUGCUUUGUGGGGGCACUGCUACUAUAACCGGGUUUGAGGACCGGUUCCAAAGAGAAGCUACACUUUGCUCAUCAGCAGUUCGUCCUUCGCUAGUAAAGGCUCCAGAAUAUAUGCCAGAGAACUUGACUUCAUAUUCAGCAUGGAUCGGUGGUGCUAUACUUGCCAAAGUUGUCUUCCCUCAAAACCAGCACAUAACUAAGGCAGAUUACGACGAGAGUGGACCUUCUGUUGUUCAUCGAAAAUGCUUCUAAUACUAGCCGACACAUUUGUAUUUUUUAAGUCGUAGUCACUUGUACUCUUUUGCUAGAAAGGUAGUUUGAUCAACUUCUUGCUCAUUUUAAAAUGCAGUUUUGUACAUCAACUCACCACCUAGUGGUUUUCAGAUUUCUUAUUUAAACUAAGAGGUUUACUUCAGUGGAUAUCUGACUUUAUGCUCAUAAUACCUUGGUUA